AUGGCGGAAUCGCUAUUUAGCCUCGAUGACAACGCAAUUGGGGAGUUACUGGAACAGUCUGACUUGGAAGAUGUUGAUGAAGAUGAUGAUGACUUAUAUGCGCAAAAUGAUGAAGAUAAUAACUCCUCCGAGGAUGAUGUCCCACUCUCAUCUUUGAGGGCGGCUACCAAUCAAAGCGAUGGCAAAUGGACAAAAAAAAGAUUUCGAGGGAAAACUACUAGUCAAGCUCAAGAAAGUUCAAGUAAAGAACCACCCAAAUCACCUGCGGAGUACUUCGAAAAUUAUUUUGAUGCCGAACUGUUUGGAAAGUUCGCGAUCUGUACUGCGCAAUAUUACAUGGCCGAAAAAGAGCAGCAAAUGAGGCCGCAAUGUACACCUAAUGAAAUAAAAAAAAUCUUUGGAGUUCACGGGAUGAUGAGUUGCAUUAAAUGCCCUCGAAUGAAAAUGCAUCAAAAAUUUCGAUACGACCCAAUAGCUAAUGCUAUGUCACGUGAGUGCUUUAUAUGUUACGGGUCAUUUUACAUGUAG